AUGAAGUCUGUGAUACACGCUCAAGGAUCUUACGAUAUUCGUCCGCUACUUUUACACCAUUUUGCGACUGAUGACCCUUCUCGGGUUUUUAUUGACACGCUCUUUGACACAUACAAAUUGAUGUCUUCUAAAUUGUUGGCUAAUGAUAAAAUAUUUAAUGCGGCAAGGCAAACUACUUCACAAAUUCUUGAGGACACAACCAAAGUACGUGACCUUCUUCGAAUUGAUGAUGACCAAUCGCUCUAUGAGCAGAGAAUGGAAGUAGACUCACAAGCGACAACUGUUCCUUCAUCCUCAAUUUUUCGUACUGGUAAUAUUCAUCCACCUCCAUCAAUGUAUUCUGUUAACCAACCAAUUUCCUUCACAAUUAAUAUUGGCCGUGCUACAACUACCGCUUAUUCUAGUGGUUCUGACUUGUUUACAAAUUAUAGAUCUGGACCUACAAAUUCGAAUAGUAUUGAGAGCAAUUCAAACACUGUUGGAACAACAUCAGAAGCUACACCAGCUUCGUUUUCUACACCAACUGAACGUUCACUAAACCAUGUUGUUUACCGCUGUCAUCGUCAAAUUAGCGAGCUUAUAACUUGUAUUGGAAAAAUUUUCUGCAAUGCAAGUGUGUUGAAGGUGAGACAACGUUUAGCGAUCAGUUUGCAAUUAAGUCAUGAGACAAUAAAGAAAGAUUUUCGAAAUGUGAGCACGUUAAUUCUUGGAGGUGUUCAACGAUUACUACAGACAAGCGAAAUUGAUAGUAGCAUUAGUGCUUUAUACUUCACUACACCACUUAAUUUUCUCAAAAAAUUCCUUAUAGAUGAUAUUAACAAUAUUCAGCAAUUGCUGCCGGAUUUUUAUUUGUCUGGCUGUUACAAAAAUUUUUUCGCUCUUGUGACAGAUUGUUUUAAAUCAAACAUUACUAAAGAGGAAUUUACCACAAUUAUUCAUUCAUGGCUCAACAUUGCCCAAAAAUUCUCGUCACCAAAUUUGGCAACUCAGCGAAAUGGUGCGCAACAACUACCGCCGCAGCAACGGAUAACUGUUGAUGGUUUUGAGUUGAAAAAUUUUUUGGCGAUUGCACAGAAGGACACCUUUUCUGCUAUUUGUUCAAUGUUAAAAGAGCUAAUGAAGCAUUGCGAGACAUUCUCUGAUGACCCAUCAAUGCCUUCAACUUCUACUAGUAGUGACAAAGACAAGGGUAGUAGCGAACAAGCGGCUUUUAAAUUAUUGGAAAAGUUAUUGGAAUUUAUGAAAGGAUUGCUUAAAGAUAUGAUGAAAUUAUUGGAAUUAACUGAAGGCAAAUCUGAAGCGCCAGCUGAAAUUCCUGUUGGCGAAAUUGACCCGGCUAAGAUUCAACAACUUGUGGAAAUGGGCUUCUCACAAAGCGAUGCUGUUGACGCUCUUUUGGUGACAUCAUCAGUGCCUGAAGCAGCUGAACAUUUGGUUAGCAUGCUAGAAAGGAAUCCUACAGGUCUAGUUCCACCAGUCGUUGCAGCAUCAGCAGCACUAGCAGAAGAAUUGGCAUCAAAUGCAAUUGUAGAAGCAGCUCUGGCUCCACGAAUUUCUGGUCCAAAAGCUCUUGAUGAUACUCAAAAACGGGAGAGUACACUUAUGGAACAAGAUACUCCUUUGAGCGCGCUAAAGCCUCUGAACAGGGAUGAUCUUCAGGAGAGAGUAGAAUUUAUUUGCAAAGAUAUAGUCACGCAUUGCCUUCGUCUUCUCAACAAAAAUCGCUCUGUUGUUCUGGGUUUAGCAGAGUUGAUAACUAUUUUUGCUGAGGAUCAUUUAGCGCGUUCUUGGGUGGAUGAUGAAUUUAUUGGUUUGCUUAUCAACGAGUUAAGCAUUGAAUUGGAUAAACUUUCGAGUGGUGGACAUCAAAAAGAUGACGAGUAUGGUCGGCAAUUUUCUUCACUUUUGCAUCUCUUCUGCCUAGUUUGGCAAAAUUUCCCUAAUCAGAAAAUCUACAAACGAGUAUCCAACGAUAGGACCUCAACUUGA